CCGCGCCAUUCGGCGCGAAGUCGUUAGUAUCUAUGGUAGUGGCCGAGAAUAACUGUUUUCAAUUACGUAUACGGUGUAAAUAAGUCAAAAGAAAAAGUUAAUAAUGCAAGACUAGUGCUUGAUUAAGUGUCUCAAUGUAAAACAUAUAGAUUAAAUUUACUUUGUUAUUUCUUAAUAAAAAUAUUUUAACAAGGAAUAAGUUUCGUAACUACCGCGAUUUUUUUUAGUCUUCCUAACUUUAUGAACAUUUUACUAAGUGUAAAUAAUUCUUGAAAAAAUGAGUGAAAUAAGACAAAGAAAGUUAAAAGAUGAUACCUCAUCGUCACAUAUCAACAUAAGGGCUAGAACCUUAAAGCAACCAAGAAGGCUAAAGAAAAUAUUUAUUUUUCUUCUUAUAUUAGCACUAUGUGUUACAUAUUUUUUGGGAAUUUUCGCUGGGCAGGCACAGUGGUUCGAUGGCCUGGCAAAGAGUCUUGGAUACGAGAGCGUUUAUCACCAUGCGGUGAUCAUAGACGCAGGGUCUUCAGGGACCAGGGUACUGGCUUAUAGAUUUAGAGUACCUUUCACAGUAUUCGGACAACCAAAUUUGGAUUUAGUGGAUGAACUCUGGCAAGAGAUAAAGCCGGGCUUGUCAUCCUACGUAGAUGACCCUGAAAAGGGCGCGGAGUCGGUGCUGCGGCUGGUGCGGCAGGCGGGGCGCGUGGUGCCGGCGGCGCGGCGCGGCGACACGCCGCUGCUCGUGCGCGCCACGGCCGGCCUGCGCCUGCUGCCGCCGCUGAAGGCGCAGCUGCUCAUCGACGAGGUCUCCAAGGCCAUAUCCAAAUCCGGAUACCAUGUUGGUCCGAAUAGCGUGGAAAUCAUGGAAGGUUCUGAUGAGGGAAUAUUCAUUUGGUACACGGUCAACUUGCUGCAUAACCUAAUAGGGGGCGAGACAAUGGCUGCACUGGACCUGGGCGGCGGCUCCACGCAGGUCACGUACCAGCUCAGUGAAGAGGACAAGAAGCUGUACCCGCCCGAAGACCAGUAUACGGUGCCGGCCGGCGGCUCCAACAUCACCCUGUAUACACAUAGUUAUUUAAAGCUAGGUCUGUUAGCGGCUCGAUACGGCAUAUUCCGGCUCGAAGCUAACGACAACAAUACGAACGAGUUCGUCUCAGUGUGCGUCGACCCUAUCGUCCAGAAGGAGAAGUGGACGUAUGCCAACAAGCAGUAUAUUAUCAGCGGCGCGGCGCGCGCGGACGGCGCCAAGCGCGAGGCGGUGUUCGCGCGCUGCCACGGCGCGGCGCGGCGCUACGUGUCGCGCACGGCGGGCGCGCCGCCGCCCGGCGCGCCCGGCGGCGCCGUCGCCGCCAUGAGCUACCUGUACGACGUGGCGGCCGACGCCGGCCUCAUCGACGUGAUGCGCGGCGGCUCGGUGUCGCCGGCGCAGUACCGCGCGGCGGCGCUGCGCGCGUGCUCGGCGUCCAACGUGGAGCAGCCGUGGGCGUGCGUCGACCUGGUGUACGUGCUCACGCUGCUGCAGGACGUCUACAAGAUCCGCGACGCGGAGCCCAUAUCGUUGUACAAAAAAUUGAACGGGCACGAAGUGUCGUGGGCGCUGGGUCUCGCGUACACAACCAUAAUGAACAGGAUGACCAGCGCGUCGGCCGCGUAACGAGCGAACGUUCAUUUUCUCGUUUUAAAUGAAACAUUCACACGAUAUUUUGCUACUUGAUAUUUUAUAUGAGCUCAUUGCAAAUUUCUCCUUUUAUAAAACUUAUAUGAAAAAGAAAUCCAGGAAUUAUUUUUUUAUUUUAACGUUUAAAGUUUUGUUUAUUGCGGCCAUCUUGUUUUAUAUAUCACACGCACAGCUAUUUUUGACGGUAUAAUUAAGAUGAUAUUUAUAUCAUUUUUUUUAUUCCAGUUAAACAUAUAUAUUAUUGUUUGUUCUAUACUAAGUAUUAAGAAGUUUGUAAUUAUCUGUGCCUCUGUUAAACAAAUAAAUUAAAUUUAUGCCAGGUACGUCAGAUUUAUGUAAUCGUUGCUACGAACAAUAAUAAAUGAAAAGCAAUAAACGUAUCUGUAGUAUACAAGUUUUGAAAAUUUUCUAAUUUGUACUCUAUUGUAAAAAAAAAGUUAUUAGUUUAAUGAAAAAUAAAACAUUAUAUUUUACAAUUUGAAUUGCAGAAAAUUUAUAUACGUUGUGGUUAUAUAUAUAGUUAUAUAUAUAUAUUCAAUUUCACAAGAAUCCAGUAUUGUUGAAUAAGUGAAUUAAUAUUGAUUCAAAUUACUUACGAAUCGUAUAGACAAAUUAUAUAAUAUUUCGAUUAUAAAUACCGAUUAUUCGAAUAAUUUAUUUAUGAUUAAUCGAUAUUGGAGAUGAAUAAUACCACUAUGGUGCCUGAAUUUGACAGUGAGAUUUAGCUUAUAAUAAUUUACCGUAUAACUAUUUUUUAUUUACAAUUUUACAAAUGCAAUUCCUAAAGACGUUUACUUUCUACGGUUGUGUAUUCGUGUGAUUUUCUUUUGAAUAAAAUUUAUGGAAUGUCCUAUCGAUCGAUAUCGAUCUAAGAACUUUCUAGAACUCCAUCAGAGGUCUGGUGUUGACAUAUUUAAAUAACGAUAAUCAUAAUUUUACGUAAUCCAUUUUUGUAAUUCUUAUACAGAUUUAUUAUCUAAUUUAAUGUCAAUGAAUAAUGAUUGUUUUCACAUGAACAUUAUAAAUAUAUAAUGAAUGAAAAUAUCAAGCCAUAACUUGCAUUUAAUGACAUAACAAUUCGCUUCCUAAUAAGUAAAUGUAUUUUAAAUAUGGAAUCAUUAAACUUCGACUGAUAAAGCUGAUAUCUAUACAAAAGGCUGUUUUUUGUAAAAAAAUCUUCCAUCGAAUUAAAACACACUUAUUAUCGCGUUUGGAAAUCGCAAUGACAAAGGUUAUUAAACCUUCCGAGUUCAUUAAGAUUUAUUACUCAUUUUAUAUGAAAAAAAAAAAAAAUAUACGAAAAUUUUCGAAGUUGAUAUAAUAGUAUUAUGUAUAUGAUACAUACAUUUAUGUGUUUAUUUUUAUUAAUUCUCGCAAUAAAAAAUCUGUGUGCGAGUGAAACAAAAGAUAUGAAUAGUAAACGAAAGAACGAGAUGCAUGAUGUUGUAUCAAAUGUUAAUGCAGGUUAAAAAAUCGUUAUGUCGAUUGAGUAAAUUUAUUAUAUAAUUAAGUUCAGAAUAUAGAUACGUAUGUUAUAUAUAUUGUAUUACUAUAUAGUAUUAUAUAUUCUUUAAAUAUAUCUAGAUAGAAGAAUUCACGUUAUUCAUUCUCAUAUACAUUAUAUACAUAAUUAUGUAGUUUUUUAUUUUAAUUAAAACUUUUUUUUCUCUGCACUAUCGACUGUUAUAUAUAACACAGAACUGCCUUAAAGAUCGGAAGUCUUGACCAAGAAAUUUAUUCAAAAUAUCAGUGUCAUACUCAUCGAGAAAUUUCUGACUUAUAUUGUUUUGAAAUUUGAAUUCACAGAUAACAAAUUUGUUUUUAUAGGAUUAAAUUAUUUUACAAAAAUCAUUCAGUUUUACGCAUUGAUGAAUUAUUUCUUUAAAAUUGUGUAUAAAAUAUAAAGUAAUAAAAUUAAAGGAAUAAAAUGUAUUCAUAUAUUCAUACUUUUUUAAUUUAAUUUUAAUACUUCACUCAUACGUUUAUUGAAAAUUAAUGCAUCUAAAAAGAUUUAUAUUUGAAUAAUUUAAUUAUUAUGAAAAUAGUAUGUAGUAGUAGUAUGGUGAAACCAACUUGAACGAUUUUAAAAAGCAAUAAUUAUGAUAUUAACGGGUUCGCGAAUUACUGUUUGGCUUAAUAUCUUAGCUACAUGAGACAUACAGAUGUCGGACAUUCGAUCUUCGACAAGAAAAAUAAAAAAAAAAUAGCAUUGUAAAAGCAAUAGUCAGGCAUUGUCAUGCUGUUAUAUUAUGUCAGUAAUGACAGUAAAUAUAAGUUAUUAUGUGUAAAAACUCUUUUAACGAAGUCUUUAUUUAAAUCAUGUAUUCAUACAAAUAAAAUUUGAUAGAAUUAAAUAUACAGGUAAAGUUUUACAUGAAGUCUUCUAAAAACGAUUGAACCUACUCAAUUUGGUUGUAUUCUUGUUCGUAAAAUAUUUGUACGCGUUGUUUUUAAAAAUGAUAUGAUAACGAAUUGUUAUUGAAAUAUUUUAUGACGUUUAUUGUAUCUUUCAAUUUUGGACGCAUUAUAUAAGAAUUUUUGCAUUCGCUUUCAUUGCACCGUCUAUGUAUUGUAAAUGUAUUUAGUGAAUUGGUGUUGAUGUGAAUUGUACAAAAUUUAAUAAAUGUUGGAUUUGAAAUUG